AUGGAGGCUUACGAGCAGGUCCAGAGGGGCCCCCUGAAGCUGAAAGGCGUCGCGGAGCUCGGCGUGACCAAGAAAAAGAAGAAAAAGAAGGACAAAGACAAGGCGAAACUUUUGGAAGCGAUGGGGACGAACAAAAAGAAUGAGGAGGAGAAGCGGCGCGGCCUGGACAAGCGAACGCCGGCCCAAGCGGCUUUCGAGAAGAUGCAGGAGAAGCGGCAAAUGGAAAGGAUCCUGAAGAAAGCAUCAAAGACGCACAAGCAGAGAGUGGAGGACUUCAACAGGCACCUGGACACACUGACAGAGCAUUAUGACAUCCCCAAAGUCAGCUGGACCAAGUAG